AUGGAACCCCACCCUUCGGCCUGUGCUCUCAUCUGCGAGAAGGGCGUGGGCACCGUGGGGCCCCGGGCCCCAAAGUCCAGGAUUGAUCCGUACGGGUUUGAAAGGCCUGAAGACUUUGAUUAUGCGGCUUAUGAAGAGUUCUUUUCCGCCUAUCUGGUGAUACUCACUAGAAGAGCAAUAAAGUGGUCCAAACUUCUGAAGGGGGGCGGCGGCGUGCAGAAAAGCGGUACAGUGAAGCGCUACAUCCGGAAAGGCGUCCCCCUGGAGCACCGGGCCCGCGUCUGGAUGGGGGUGAGCGGGGCCCAGGCGCGGAUGGACCAGAACCCCGGCUACUACCACCGACUGCUGCAGGCAGAGCGCGACGGCGGGCUGGAGGAGGCCGUGCGCACCGAUAUGAACAGGACCUUCCCGGACAAUGUGAAGUUCCGGAAGAGUGCGGAUCCCUGUUUACAAAAGACCUUGUACAACGUGCUGGUGGCAUAUGGACGCCACAACCAAGCUGUGGGGUACUGCCAGGGGAUGAACUUCAUAGCAGGCUACCUGGUCCUCAUAACCAAGAGCGAGGAGGAGUCCUUCUGGCUGCUGGACGCGCUCGUGGGACGAAUACUGCCUGAUUACUACGGCCCCGCCAUGCUGGGCCUGAAGACAGACCAGGAGGUCCUGGGGGAGCUGGUGAGGACCAAGCUGCCGGCGGUGGCGGCCCUGAUGGACGGGCACGGCGUCCUGUGGACCCUGCUGGUGUCGCGCUGGUUCAUCUGCCUGUUCGUGGACGUCCUGCCCGUGGAGACGGUGCUCCGGAUCUGGGACUGUUUGUUCAACGAGGGAUCGAAGAUCCUCUUCCGGGUGGCCCUGACCCUGAUGAAGCAGCACCAGGCUUUCAUCCUGGAAGCCAGCAGCGCGGCGGACAUCUGCGCCAGGUUCAAGGACAUCACCAGAGGCAGCUUCGUGACCGAGUGCCACACCUUCAUGCAGAAAAUAUUCUCAGAGCCCGGGAGCUUGUCCAUGGCCACCAUCGCCAGGCUUCGCGAGCGCUGCAGGGCCAGGCUGCUGGCGCAGGGCUGAGCGGGGGCCUGCCCGCGGCCACCUGCCCGCAGCCGCUGCGCUGCCUGCGCUCGGGGCCGGGAGCCGGGGACGUCUCUUCACUCGCGACUUCUUUUACGUUAUGUUCUCUGUAGCUCAAUUAUGGGUUAUGGAGUCAUAAUCUUCUAAAAGUGUGUUUUUACUUGAGACACUGACCUAUAAAAUGUGAGCUGUGCGUAUUUAAUUAAGUGAACACCUCCGAGUUUGAUAAUCUGUCAAAUCGUCGGGACGAUUAAAAAUGAAAAACAAACCCGCCA